AUGGCUUCCAAAGCGGUUGUGCUCAUCGGCGGACCGUCAAAGGGGACGCGCAUGCGACCUCUUUCCCUCGAUAUACCCAAGCCACUCUUUCCCAUUGCGGGCAGGCCCAUCAUCUGGCACGGAAUCCAGGCGCUCAGUAAAGUGGAAGGCCUGAAGGAGGUCAUUCUGAUCGGGUUUUAUGACAACGACGUCAUCAAUCCCUUCGUCAAAGAAGCAAACCGCGACUUUCCCUCGCUCAACAUCAGAUACAUGCGCGAGUAUCAAUCCCUGGGGACUGCAGGAGGCCUCUACCAUUUCCGUGACCUGAUUCUCAAGGGCAACCCUCAGCAAGUAUUUGUGCUUCAUGCGGAUAUCUGCUGCUCCUUUCCGCUAGCCGAGAUCAAGGCGUUCCACGACCGUCAUCGUGGUGUGGGCACCAUCUUGGCCGUCAAAGUACCCAAAGAGACAGCUAACAAAUACGGCUGUAUCGUUAUGAACCAUGAUACCAAGCAAGCUAUACACUACGUCGAGAAGCCAGAGACUUUCAUUUCUGACAUCAUCAAUGGCGGUGUCUAUCUCUUCGACCGCGCUAUCUUUGACGAGAUCAAGUCGGCCAUGGAUCUUCGCGUCAAGCAAGCAGCAGAGGAUCCGAGCAGCCUGGGCGACGAGGAGUCGGCAGACGAGCAGUUGCGGCUCGAGCAAGAUGUAAUCGCGCCGCUCGUCAGUCAGAAGAAGCUUUUUGUCUACGAGUCGCGCUCCUUCUGGCGCCAGAUCAAGACUGCAGGCUCAGCGGUUCCUGCCAACACGCUGCUGCUCAAUUCUUACAAGCACUCCAACCCAAAACUGCUCCGACAGCGCUCGCCGACCGUGAUCACACGCCCGACGGCUGAGCAAACAGCGAGUGAUCGUCGGCUGACAGCAGAGAUUGUUGAACCCUGCUUUAUCGACGAGACUGCUACGAUCGAUCCCACCGCCAAAGUAGGGCCCAACGUCAGCAUUGGCGCCAAUGUCAAGAUCGGCUUCGGUGCACGGGUGAAGGAUGCCAUCAUCCUGGACCGCACAGUGCUCGAGGCCAAUUCGAUUGUGAUGCACGCCAUCGUAUCUGAGAAUUGCAGGAUCGGUCAAUGGGCGAGAGUCGAAGGACGCGUGCUGGUGAGCGACAGCGGCGCGGCAAGAGACAGUAUCGCCAUUCUCGCCAAAGAAGUGACUGUCAAAAGGGAAUGCUCCAUUCGCAGCUGCAUCGUCCUGCCUCAGAAGAGCUUGGAUCGAUCGUUUGCCGAUCAGGUAUUGCUAUAA